AUGCAGUCGUGAAUUGACAACGCAAUGUAAUAUUGUAGUAGCGAACGUAUUGUCAUACAUUUCGGUUUUGAAGAAUUUUUUUCACAGUAUGGAGUAUUUACAAAUUAUUUAUUAUUUGAUAAGCUCAUGGCUGUCUUUUCCAUUGGCUUCGCCGAUGCCACCAUUCGAUCUCAUGUUCCCAGGAACAAAGUGGUGCGGAAAAGGAGAUGUGGCUGAAAAUGAUCACGAUCUAGGUUGGUUCGAGCAGACAGACUUUUGUUGUCGAAAUCAUGACAAGUGUCCACACUACGUCGCUGGUGGUGACACAAAAUACGGCCUCCGAAAUGACGGAUCAAUCACAAUAGCUGAGUGCAAAUGUGAUGAAGAGUUCAGGAGUUGUCUGGGUGAUACUGAGGAAACUUUCUUCAGUCUCGUCAUGGAAUCUUACUACUUCGACUUAAUACCCAGAAGAUGUUUCAAUCUGGUCCCAGGGGAGAAUGGAACCCUGAAGGGCGAGCUGGAGAAAAAUCUACCAUUCCAGGAAAUUAUUCAGAAAUUCUUGGACGUAUUACCGAGUGAUAAUACAGUUGUGGAAGUUGUGUCUGAUACUCUUGAUGGUCUUGCAAACCUGGUUCUGUCCGGCCAAGAGGUAUCGCCAUAGUCUGCUGUCAAUCAAGUUGUUGCAUCAUCUUUCUUAUCAGAAAAAUGACGAAACACAAGAUUUCAGAAUUUUAAUUAAGAGAAAAAUUAAAUAAACGUCGACCUGAUUCUUCUCUUAGAGCAGGAACGAAUCAACAGUUAACAAUCGAAACAA